GCGUCACUUGGCAAAAGAUGUCUGUAAGUGAAAUUCAACAUGUGAAGGGUGUGAGCUAUGGAAGCUUCUCUAGCUCUCAAACCACUAGGAUUAAAUUUAGGAUAUUUACUUCGUUUCCUAGCGAAUAUAAUUUCAGUGACAGUUAGUUGGCGCUAUUGACAAGAAGGUCUUCUUAAGUAAAAGCCAUUAGAGACAUUAGUGGCGGCAGAUUGGAAAAGAUAGAUGCUCCAGAGUUGGGGAGGAGAGAGAGAGUGGGUGUGAGGAGGCGCUGAAACACUUUAAGAAAACUUGUAGCAUGUGUUUUGAUUUAUUUUUUCAUCAUUCGCUCUGAUGGAUUUAUCCUAGUUUUGGAAUUUUUGCUCCUACCGACUUUGUACCUUUGUGGGCCUGUUUUGCAAUUAACCGCACGGGAGAUGGGUUUAAGCGAACCUAGCAAACAGAAAUAAUAUGAACUCAAAGAAUACGGAUCGGGUUUGAUCAUAAUGAAUCAUGAUGAAGGAAGAGAAUCGUAUUAUCGUAUGCACGAUUCCCAAAUUUCCCCAGCAUGGAUGGACCCGGAGAACUCAACGGCUCUUCACGUACGUCCGAAUCUUACUGAGGGCACUUCAUCCAGCCCAAAUCUUGAUGUAAUUGCAUCUAGUCCAGAUCUUCAGUGGCUUCUGCAGUCCUCUCUACUUUCCCAAUCGGAGACCAGCUUGGGAACAUUUUCCUCAUUCACACCCACCACCAUGCCCAUCUGCCCCUGUUUGUCACAGUGCUCCAGUCCUGACCCGUCCUGUAAUGGAGCAGUGGGGGACAGUUCAGUAGGACAUGCUAACAAACAUAUGUCCUCUGAGGAACUUGACAGGAUAAGGAUCCGCAGGGAAAGGAACAGAGUAGCAGCUGCCAGGUGUCGGGACCGUCGUCGGAUGCUUAUAGACACGUUACAGAAUGAGACGGAUCAUUUGGAACAUGUGAAGACUCAACUGGAGGAGGAGAUCGCUGCUCUUGAAAGGGAGAGAGAGAGGCUGGAGUUGGUUUUUGAGGCACAUAUGCCCAUCUGCAAGUUAAAUGACCUAAACCCAGAAUAAUUACUGAUGCUGGUCAUGUUUAGUGCUGAGUCUGCUGGUUCAGAUCAGCUGUGGAUUAUAUAACAUAAUAAGCGUAUAUUUGUUAAUGAAAGUGAAAUGUUAAAAUCUAUUUCAAUGAUACCUUGAGAAUUAUUAUCUUGCAUGCACAAUUUGUUUUACCUCUUUUCAUAAUA